ACGCAGAGGAGGCUGCGGGACCCCUAAGAGGCGGGAGCAUCCAGCGGGGGUCCAGCUCGCCACCCUGCAGAUGCUCCUAUUUAAGGGCCUGUGAAGCUGACUCUCAGCGGCAUCCCCAUUAAAGUCUGGACAGAUGUUUUCACCAUAGAGAGGGCAAGGCCAGAGCGACCUCCACGUCCCAUCAGCGGCUAUUAGGGCUGGACUACAAGCAUGCCGUCACUAGACAGUACCACCCACUCACGAGGUUUCCGUUUCCUUGUACUUCCGGGUGACAGGAAGUAGGAGAGAAAAGAUGGUGGCCGAGAGGACUCGCGCGAUGGCGAAGCGGAAAGAAGCGCCCGAGUCUGUGUCUUCGGAGGACGAAAUGAGCGACGAUGCGCCGGAGGAGGUGACCUUCAAGAGCGCGCAGGUGGCCGCUGAAGAGGCGCGCAGGGCGGCCGUGGAGCGCGCGCGCAGAGAAAAAUCUGCCUUGAAAGAGAAGAGACGGCAAAGGGAAGAACUAUUUAAGGAACAAAAGAAAAAAAAGUUACUUCCUGCCAAUGUGCUAGAGGAGUUGGCAUCAUCACCACAGAACAGCAGUAACAAGCCUUCUGACACAACUGCGCAAGAUCAGAAUACUGAAGAUGAGUCUAAAAGCGAGGGAGACGAAGAUGUGAUGGAAGACAAUGAAGAAGAAACACUGGCAGUUAGGCUCCAGCAAAGCUAUGUGGCAGUGCGGCUAAAAGAUCAGCAGUUAGCUAACCAGCAGCAGGAAGCAGCCAAAGACUUCAUACAAAGGCAGCUCUAUGGAGGUGGGAGCAACCGAACUACAGCAAACCGGUAUUUUUCGCUUGAAAACAAGAAGAGCACAGUUAAAAAACCUGCACUCCAGUUUGUUGUUAAUUCUUGGGGUAAAAAGAAAAAACAAAAAGCUAAGCAAUUUACAAAACACUGGAUCUCUUCAAAGAUGGUGCCUAAAACAUAAGUGGACUGCAUUCUGACCGCCUGAAGGAUAUUCCCAGGAAUGUUAAUUGUCAAGAUGUUAUGUUGCAUGAACUGUAUUUUUUACAAUGUGAAAUUUCUGCAUAAAUGCUGUAUUUACUUGUCAGCAUCCUGUCUUUCAAAAAAACCUGCCUUCAGAUUUUCUAAGUCUUCCUGUAGAAUGUACAGCUCUGUUAAAAAACACAAGGCUUGGACAGAUGUAAAGUGGGACACAGCAUUUUAACCUUUAUUAUGCACAUCUGAUGGGAAGUUACAAUUAUGUUACCUUGGGAAGAUUGGCCUUGGUUGCUAUGUGAAAGUCUGCCCUUUAAAAUCGAUUACAAAACUC